GCUGAUCAGUUAUACUGGGAACUUCAGAGCAUCUUGCAAAGAAUACAUAGGAGAAGACUACAGAGCUUCAAGACAUAGAUCGCUUCCAAGCACAUGAUGAUGCUGAGACUGCUUCAGUCUCACAGCCUCUUUUGGCCAGGAAUCUGGAGUUUGACCAUUUUUUUGGUCAGAGCAGAAGACACUCAAGAGAGAAACCAUUUUCCAUGUUGUGUGCCAGGACCUCAAGGCCCUCCUGGGCUCAACGGAAACCCUGGUCACAAUGGAUACAAUGGAGAGAAGGGGAACCAGGGGCAACAAGGUGCUCCAGGUGCUCCAGGUGCUCCUGGACUGCCAGCUGCUCCAGGAAAACUAGGACCAAUUGGUCCAAAAGGUGAAAAGGGUGAACCUGGUGUCCCUGGCCUUCCUGGAAUAUGUCAGCCACAACAGAAAUCUGCCUUUGCUGCACAUCUGGGCAAAAAUUAUCCUUCACCAAAUCAGCCCAUUGUGUUUCACAACAUCUUCUACAACGAGCAGCGACAUUUUGAUGCAGCUUCGGGAAUUUUCACCUGCCAAAUCCCAGGAGUCUAUUUCUUUGGCUACAACAUGGAGGCAUACAAGAAUUCAAAAGUUCUACUGAUGAAAAAUGGUGUAGAAGUGAUAGGAUCCUAUCAAAUUACCUCAAAUGCUUAUGAAAACAUGUCCGGAAGUACAAUCCUUAAGUUAGAGAAUCAAGACAGGGUAUAUUUAGUAACAGGGCAAGAUUUUAAUGGGGUAACACACACUAGUUACUUUUUGGGUUACCUCCUAUUUGAAUCUUAGAUUAUGAAGAGCCCUGGAUCCUGGCUUUUUGUAAUCAAAUUCAGGGCACCAAAAGCUGAUUUAUGAAUCAAAUUGUGUUGACUGUAGUGGCAGAAUGUGAUUCACUUUCUUACAUGGAGGACUACCCACAGUUAUUGAAAUUCAUGUUCAGUUAUUGGAUAAUUCCAACCUCCUGAUCCAAAUUUGCUGGGUGAUGUCAAGGGAUGUAUAGUAUUUACAUUUUAGAAAAAAGCUUUUUCUUGUGUGUGUGGGGAUGGUGGUGGAAUUGCCUUUGGAUUACUUUUUCUUUUCUUGCUGCUAUCUGCUCUGCCCUGCUUUCGCAUGCUUUCCCAAACUGAAAGCUUCAGGCCUACCCACUUGUAGGAAACUUAGAGUAAUAAUAUACAAGAGUAAUAAUAUGUACGUAGUGGGCUGGAGGGAGUUAGGAGGAAAACAUGGCUUCUUCUGUUAGUUUAUAUUUGCAUUGUUUCAAUUAAUUAGCUUAUGUGAAUAUACAUAUUACAUCACUUUAAGAUAUUUUUCAAGUUAUUUAAAGUUGCUGUAAUGUCAAAGUAUUGUCUUUGUUUGGUUUUCUGCCAAUCCCAUAAUAACAUUAAGUUUAUUCAAACAUUACCAAUGUAACUUUCAGUUGUUAUUUUA